AUGCGACCUUCACAAUUCCUCUGGACGCUCUUGUCCCUCGUGACGGUCACCUGUGCCGCCCACACAUCCAACUGGGCGGUGCUGGUGUCGACGUCUCGGUUUUGGUUCAACUAUCGGCACCUAGCCAACACUCUGUCUCUAUACCGAACCGUGAAACGGCUGGGCAUUCCCGACUCGCAAAUCCUGCUCCUCCUACCGGACGACAUGGCAUGUAAUCCGCGAAACGCGUUUUCCGGCACGGUCUACUCCAACGCCGACCGCCGGAUGGACCUCUACGGCGAGAACGUCGAGGUCGACUACCGGGGCUACGAAGUGACGGUGGAGAAUUUCAUUCGCCUCUUGACCGACCGAUGGGAAGAGGGCGUUCCCGCCAGCAAGAGACUGCAGACCGACGAAGGAAGCAACAUCCUCAUCUACAUGACGGGCCAUGGGGGCAGCGAGUUUCUCAAGUUCCAGGACAGCGAGGAGAUUUCCAGCUGGGACCUUGCCGAUGCCUUCUCGCAGAUGAGGGAGAAAAAGAGAUACAAUGAAAUGUUAUUCAUGAUCGACACCUGUCAAGCCAACACGCUGUAUCGACAAUUCUACACCCCUGGCAUCAUUGCGACGGGGUCGUCGGAGGAGGACGAGAGUUCUUAUUCCCAUCACGCCGAUAACGACGUCGGCGUCGCCGUCAUUGAUCGCUGGACUUACUACGUCCUGGAAUUCCUCGAGACGCAAGUCACUGGGCCCACGUCGGACAAGACCCUAGGCGACCUCUUUGAUAGCUACGACGUCGGCAAAAUCCAUUCGAACCCGGGUGUGAGAUGGGAUCUAUUCCCUGGCGGAGAACAAGCCGGUCGGAGUCGCAGGGUCGUUGACUUCUUCGGGAAUGUUCAGAACGUGGAGCUUCAGGGCAACAAGUCUGGAGUGGAACUCUUGAAGGACGACCUGGAGGGCCUGAAGCGGCUUGUUCGAGACUACGAGUCAUUCGCUGCCGCUCAAGAAAAUAACAACACGGAAAUGCUUGACGUCUUGCAACGGCGGACUGAACCCACGAACGGAAAAAACACACCUCCAUUGACGAAGCAAAAUCCAGUGGGGAGAGUGAACACUUCCGAAACAAGUCAGUGGACUCGUCGCAUUGGAGGAGCAACCGUUCUCUCUGGCCUUGCCGCGUUAUGGUAUUUUGCGCCCAAACUGGUGUGA